AUGUCACCCAAGAGGAAUUUCGACGCUCAAGUCAAGCAGAUUCCCACCAUGACGAACGAAUUCCAAAAAGGUAGCAGAGGCAGCAACGACAAUAAUAAUAGUAGCAAUAAUGCCCCUCCCACCUCCAGAAUGUCUCCAUCAGAGUCUCCCAUGGAACAAAUUCUCCCAGCUACAUACUCCCACAGAUUCACCUCCAGACCUAUCCUGUCCCGCCGAUUUGACCCCAACACUUUACAACAGCUUCAAGACUCCGUCUCGGCCCUUAGUUCUCAAAUCGAAGAAGAUGAGAUGAAACGUAAUGUGGCUGCUAAGCAGCAGUGGGAGGCUGAGCAGGUUGAGCAGGCGAGAAAGACGGCUGAGAGGGAAGAUACUUUGAGGACCAUGGUUGCCCAGCAGGAAAAGCAAAGAGCUGAUCGAAUGCAAGCAGGUAAUUAUGAGUGA